CGUUGUCCACCCGCUAGAGUUAGGAAGUGGGGAUGGAGCUACGCUCAUCUUAAAUCUUUGGCCUGUCGUGCGCCGGGUUCCGGCCGGUGCUGCUGUGGCUGGGUGAGCGGGGAGCGCGGAGCGGCUUCUGGGACAGUGCGGGAGAGCCCUGGCAGUGUGCUCCUCUCGUGCCAGCGUCGCCCCGCCUCUAGGAUAGGACCCGCCCCCGCCCUCCUGCCUGGGACCUGGCAAGCGUUUCUGCCCUGCUGCCCCGCCGCCCUGCAUCCGGUCUCGAACGGCUGCUUGGAGCGGAUGUGCGGCGGAGGGGGACAGCUAUCUCCCCGUCGCAUACAACCCCCGCUAGCAUCUUCGUGAAGCUCUCCCAGGCUGUCCAAACCCUGGCGUGGAGCAACCCGUCCUGAACCCUCAUGGAGAAGUUUGUUGGAAUGAAUUUCGGGGGCGGCCCAAGCAAGAAGGACCUGCUGGAGACCAUUGAGACUCAGAAGAAGCAGCUCCUCCAGUACCAGACACGUCUCAAGGAUGUAGUCCGUGCCUAUAAAAGUCUGCUGAAGGAGAAAGAGGCGCUGGAGGCCAGCAUUAAGGUACUGUCCGUAUCCCACGAGGCGGAUGUGGGCCUCGCAGGUGCGCAGCCUCAAGGCCUCACCUUUCCUGACUCUGUGGAUGACCGAUGCUCCACUCACAGCGAGGAUAGCACAGGGACCGCCGCCAGCCUGGACACUGCGGCCAGUCUCACCAGCACCAAGGGUGAGUUUGGGGUAGAAGAUGACAGACUGGCCCGUGGACCACCACCUCCAAAGUUGGAAGAGGCCAGCGGGUCAGAGAGUGGCGUUAGCAGUAGUAGUGGGGACGGCCCAUCUGGGGGUGGGGAGGUGGACAAACGCCUGCACCAGCUGAAGACUCAGUUGGCUACUUUGACCAGCUCUUUAGCUACAGUCACCCAGGAGAAGUCCCGCAUGGAAGCUUCUUACCUGGCGGACAAAAAGAAGAUGAAGCAGGACUUAGAGGAUGCCAGUAAAAAAGCAGAGGAGGAGAGGGGCCGGCUGGAGGGAGAACUGAAGGGGUUGCAGGAACAGAUAGCAGAAACCAAAGCCCGGCUUAUCACACAGCAGCAUGAUCGCGCCCAAGAGCAGAGUGACCAUGCCUUGAUGCUGCGUGAGCUCCAGAAACUGCUGCAGGAGGAGAGGGCCCAGCGCCAGGACUUGGAGCUUCGGUUGGAAGAGACCCGGGAAGCUCUGGCCGGGCGGGCCUAUGCAGCCGGUCAGAUGGAAGGGUUUGAACUGCAGACCAAGCAGCUGACCCGUGAGGUGGAGGAGCUGAAAGGUGAGCUUCAGGCUCUUCGAGAUGAGAAGAAUCAGCCUGACCCCCGGCUGAAGGAGCUUCAAGAAGAGGCCGCCUGCCUUAAGAGCCAUUUCCAGGCUCAGUUGCAGCAGGAAAUGAGGAAGACAGCCCUUGCUGAGGAUCAGCUGCGCCAGCAGUCGCAGUUGGAAGAGCAGAGGGUGGCGGCCCUGGAGAAUCAAAUAUCCCAGGUGUCGGAACUGCUGGGCACCUACGAGAAGGCCAAGCAGAAGGACCAGCUGGCCAUUCAGAAGCUGAAGGAGCGCAUUCUGCAGCUAGACCUGGAGAACAAGACGCUGGCGCUAGCAGCCUCCAGCCGGUCCCCUCUGGACAGCCAUGGAGAUGAGUCCAGUCUGGAUGUCAACGUCCUGAAGGACAAGAUGGAGAAGCUGAAGAGGCUGCUGCAGGUGGCGGCCAGGAAGAGCCAGGUGACCCUGGACGUGGAGAAGCUCUGCGACCUGGAGAUAAUGCCCAGCUCCGAGGCUGCUGAUGGGGAGAAGGCCACGGCGCUCUACUACCAGCAGGAGCUGAAACAGCUGAAGGAGGAAUUUGAGAGGUACAAGAUGCGGGCCCAGGUGGUCCUCAAGAGCAAGAAUGUCAAAGACGGGAACCUGGGCAAGGAGCUGGAGGAAGCCCGGGAGCAGCUGGCCGAGCUGAAGGAGAAGUACAUCUCGCUGCGGCUGUCCUGCGAGGAGCUGGAGCACCAGCACCAGCAGGAGGCCGAGGGCUGGAAGCAGGAGAUGGCCCGGCUGCAGCACGGCCACCGGCAGGAGCUGGAGCGGAGCCAGCUGGACUUCCGGGACCGCACGCUGAAGCUGGAGGAGGAGCUGCACAAGCAGCGGGACCGGGCGCUGGCCGUGCUGGCCGAGAAGGACCUGGAGCUGGAGCAGCUGCGAUCCGUGGCCUUGUCCUCCGGGCUGCCGGGGCGCAGAAGCCCUGUGGGUGGCGCGGGCCCCGGGGACCAGGCGGACACCUCCACCCCGGACAGCCUGACCCAAGCUCUGCAACUCGCUGCGGCCAGCGAGCCCACUUUCUUCCUGUAUGCCGAGCAGCUGGCCCGCAAGGAGGUGGAGAUCACGUCGCUGAGGAAGCAGAAGCACCGGCUGGAGGUGGAAGUGCAUCGGCUGCAGGACCGGUUGCUGGAGGAGGGGGAGCGCCAUCGGGAGGAGGUGGGAGCCCUGCAGAGCCACAUCGCAAAGAACAUCAGGGACCAGAGUCGGGAGGGAGCCAACCUGGAGUACCUCAAGAACAUCAUCUAUCGCUUCCUGACCUUGCCGGACACCCUGGGCCGCCAGCAGACGCUCACUGCCAUCCUGACCAUCUUGCACUUCAGUCCGGAGGAGAAGCAAGCGAUCAUGCGGCUCCCAGCCGGUGGUGGUUGGUGGCCCUCUGGCAAGAGAUGAUGCCAUUUUCACUCCUCCGAUUUCUGUGCCUCUUCUGUGAGAAGGGACAGGCUUUGGUUUCUCCCGCCUCUUCUCUUAUGUCACCGUCUUAUUUCUUCACUGUAUUGACCUGGGAGGAAUCCUCAGUGUGGGGUGGGAUCUUCUGUCAAAUGCCAUUAAUGCCAUUUUAUCCUUGGGCCCCAGAGAUACUGAAAGGGUUGGGACAGCAUCUUCUGGUGGCCUGUGCAUGAAGGGAGGAGUGGGGAGAGGUUAGGAUUGAGAGGUGCAAAAGUUGGGGAAGUGAGUGGCUUUUAAAAUAAGGGGGUUUUUUUGUUUUGUUUUGUAUUAAUAUCAUACUCCUAGUGCAGAGCUAGGAGUACCUAUGACUCCAAAGAGAGUUCAGUUAAUUUCUAAACACACACAAGGACCCACUAUUUACUCCAUUUCAUCACAAUCUUGAGUCUGGCCCACUGCUGCCCCAAUUCUCUGGGGACGUAAAUGCAGGCUGGAGAGGGACCAGGAAGUUUGAAAUAGUGACAGAUUGUCCCCUAGUCCAAAGGGCCCAGGGAUAGUGAACUUGGGGAGUUCAUUGUGGAACUGGGAAACUUGAAAUACUUAGGGCAGGGCACGACCUAACGUCUGGACAAACCUCACCACUUGUGGCCAUCCUGGAGAAAUCCCUGCAUACCAGCUGGUUCUUAGGAAUUACUUGAGUGACCUGCUUUUGGCCUGGAUAGGCUUCUAGACCUUCCACACUUGUCCCUCCCUGCCUUAACCUGCUGUACAUCAUUGGCUUGAGAUUGUGAGUGAGUGACUUUGCUGUCUAUCCCUCAAUGUUGAAGUCCCAUUAAGAAGAAAAUUCUACCUUCUUAAAAGAGAGGUGUCUGAUCAGGAAGCUCUGAUCCUGCCUGGAUACAAAGAAUUAGCUCUGAGAUUUAUACCCACCCCCCCCCAACUAGUUAUGCUGCAGAGGAUUCCAGAAAGAUGCUGUGACCCUCACAGGAAAGUGGUAGAAAUUCAGCCGAACAGGGCUGGGGUACUUGCUACAUAUGGAUAACCUUUUGGCUAAACCUCCACGUCCCUGCAGCCACGGUGUUCGUGCAUUACUGUCACCAGGGUCCUUUUUCCGAUCACUUAGGGAAGUAAUAGGGUUUCAGUCCCUAAAACUCAUCUUCCUCACCUGUGUUACUACUAAUGGAGGGACUCAGGGAAGUUGGAUUCAAAUAGUAUCAUUUCCUUAUUCUUUGCUUUCCCCCAUCUGCUCUUGCUGGUUGUAGAGAUCUUUGGAUCCUAAAGACCUGUGCUCUGCCACAGUCUAAUAUGUAUCUUUCUGUUCUUCAUCAUAGUGAUCUGUAUUGUGAGGGUUUGGGGGUGAUUAAAUAAUCUGGGAGGCUAGGCGAUCUGCACUAUCUAAGGUGAGCAGACUUAAUGGAACAGAAGUGAUGCAUUCAAGUGAUAAUAACGAUAACCACAGAAUCAUUAAACUUGAUCAGUUUGACCUGUUUGCUCACUUAAUGGUGUGUAUAUACAUGCAUGUAUAUGUCUGGACACAGAGUGUGAAUGUAAGUGGUAAAUGAAAAGGAGGUAAGAAAUACUUCAUAUAUUUAUCGACAAGCUUAAAUCUAGGGAGGAAUACCUUAGUACUUUAACUGCCUCGAUUACAGACCAAACAUUUUAGCCUGGAAUUGUGUAUAUGUGUUUGUGUGUAAGCUGUUACACUGGAAAAAACCUUCUCAUGGGUGGGCUUUAAACUUCCAUAAUUUCUGCUUUAAACUUUGAAAGUAAUGUGCUUCUGAAUGCUUUAUUUUAUUUUCAAGUCAGUAUUCAUAAUAUCCUGGAAAAGUUUUGCAGGAUAUAUCCUAAGUUCCUGUAGGAUAUGAUGUUAUUUCCAGGUGGUUUGGAUGGAAUAGAAAGAUCCAUAGUCACAGCUGCUUUCCUGGGACUAAUGAUUCUGUGCUUUUGAAUUCUGAGGAGAUAUUAAACAAGCAAAGAAGCAAAUCAGUGUCUGAUUAAUAAUUUUAAGCAUUGGUAUAUGUAAGGCUGCAAAUGCUCCCAAAUGAAAGGAAGAAGACUUGGUCCCUCCCUACCCUUAAGAACAUAAAUUCCUUGUCUUCCCUCCCCUUUCUCCAAACUAAGUUUUCCAGUUAUUUGACUAGUUUUCUCUGUGCUAGAUACUCUAAGAAAGGAAAGAGAGAGAAUUUAGAUCAGACAACAGAGAGAAAUAAAUUUUCCUUGGUCCCUGGUCCUAGAAUUUCAAAUAGUGUGUGGGGUAUGUUGAUAAGGUAAUGAGACUGAGCCAUAUUUAUUACCUUGCAAAUCAGGAAGAUUGCCGGGAAGAAGAGGUGGAGGGAGAAAAGGAUAAGAAGGCAGGUUGAUAACUGUGAGCUUUCUGCAUUCCUCCCCCCAGGCCACCCUAUUGAGCAUCUCCAAUCUGAGGCGUAAACAUCUGUAUAAUUGUGCCCUAGAUGUUGGAAGUUCCCAUCUGUUACCCAGAGCUCUGAGGUGCUCAGCUUGUCUUGUGAAGCUGCUACUACAGGGUUCUUUCUGGCAACUUCUCAAGACUGCAAGCACCAUGUUUGGCCACUUACAUCCAUUAUCUCAUUUAAUCCUCACAGAUGUUAUCAUUCCCCAUUUCACAGAUGAGGAAACAAAGGCCAAGAGGUUAAAUUUGCCCCAGAUCAUGUAACUAGUUGAUGUCUGAACCAGGUCUGAUGAACCCCAAAGCCUGCUUAAUUUGGGUAUGCCUGUCUUCCUAGGACUUAGGAGGGUCAAGGCCUGUCUCCGUGGGUGAUAACUAGUGAUGGAGAGACUGAUCUCUUGGCUGAAUUGUGCUGGUUCAAAUGGAGAGAAAGUCUCCAGCUGUAAGUUUCAGCCCAAGUUUCUGCACUAAUAAUGCUAAAUAGGCAAUGCUGGUUCUUCUGUCCCCUUGCUCCUAGAUGACUGCUAACUUUAGAACUGGGAUCAUUCUUUUUUAUUAAUUGAAGUAUAAUACAAUGUUGUGUUAGUGUCUGAUGUACAACAAAGUGAUGCAUAUAUAUAUAUAAUAUAUAUAUUCCUUUAUUGUAUAAUACAAGUGAGUGAAAGUCACUUAGUCGUGACCCCAUGGACUAUACAUCCAUGGAAUUCUCCAGGCCAGAAUACUGGAGUGGGUAACUGUUCCCUUCUCCAGGGGAUCUUCCCAACCCAGGGAUCGAACCCAGGUCUGCACAUUGCUGGUGGAUUCUUUACCAGCUGAGCCACAAGAGAAGCCCAAAAAUAUGGGAGUGGGUAGCCUAUCCCUUCUCCAGCAGAUCUUCCUGACCUAGGAAUUGAACCAAGGUCUCCUGCAUUACAGGCAGAUUCUUUACUGACUGAGCUAUCAGGGAAUCUCCUAGAUAAUAUAUAAUAAAAUUAUAUUUAUUAUAUAUAUUUAUAUUUAUUAUAUAUUAUAUAUAUUCUUUUCCAGAAUAUUUUCCAUAUAGUUUACUAUAAGAUAUUGAAUCUCUUGAAUAUAGUUCCCUGUGAUAUACAGUAGGACUUUGUUGUUUGUUUGAUAUAUAGCAGUUUGUAUCUGUUAAUCCCAAACUGCUAAUUUAUACCUCUCCCUCCUUUCCCCUCUGGUAAUCAAAUUUGUUUUCUAUGUCUGUGAAUCUGUUUCUGUUUUGUAAAUAUGUUUAUUUGUGUCAUUUUUUAGAUUUUGCAUACAAGUGAUGAUACAUUUGUUUUUUUCUGUUUGACUUAGUUCACUUAAUGUAAUUUCUAGGUCCACCCAUGUUGCUACAAAUGGCAUUAUUUCAUUCUCUUUUAUGGAUGAGUCCCUGGUGGCCCAGACAGGAAAGAAUCUGCCCGCAGUGUAGGAGACCUGGGUUUGAUCCCUGGGUCAGGAUGCAUCCUCUGGAGAAGGGAAUGGCUACCCACGCCAAUAUUCUUGCCUGAAUAAUUCCUUGGACAUAGGAGCCUGACUGGCUACAGUCCAUGGGGUCAUAAAGAGUCAGACAUGACGCAGCGACUAACACUUUCACUUUAAGUAUUUCAUUGUAUGUAUAUGUAUAUCAUAUUUUUAUCCAUUUGUCUGUCAAUGGACGUGGAAGUUGUUUCCUUAGCUUGACUUUUGUAGAUAUUGCUGUAAUGACAAUUGGGAUGCACGUAUCAUUUGAAAUUAUAGGUUUCUGUCCAUCCCUGUGGGCUGCGGGACCAAACCCUCUCAUAUCUGAGAGAAUGAAUUUGAAGACUGCUUCCACUAAUGCAGAUUACAUGCAAUUUUUUUAUUAACUGAAGCUGUGCUGUCUAUAUAGCCAAAAGUUGUCGAGUUUUAUGAGCUGUUGUGUAUAUUUUGGAAAUUAAGCCCUUGGUUGCAUCAUUUGCAAAUGUUUUCCCCCAGUCCAUAGGUUGUCUUUUCAUUUUGUUUGUGGUUUCCUUUUUCUGUGAAAAAGCUUACAAGCUUGAUUAGGAUCCAUUUGUUUAUAUAUAUAUAUAUAUAUUUUUUUUUAUUUCUAUUGCCUUGAGAGACUAAGAAACUACUGCUAAAGUUUAUGCCCCCAAAUGCUUUGCCUGUGUUCUCUUCUAGAAAUUUUGUAGUAUCCUGUCUUAUAUUUAAGUCUUUAAGUCAUAAAUUACUUAAUCUCUCUGGAGUUAACUUCCUUAUAAUGGAAAUUAAUAAUACCUUUAUUUCAGGGUUACAUUCUCAGUUAUAAAGAAAGUAAGUAUAGAAAGAACCAGCACAGUUUCUGAAACAAAGUAGGUGCUGAACCACGUUAGGUUUCUUCCCCCAUGCAAAGAAUUGGCAGAAUUGGGAGUUAAGACUGAGCUCUUCUUGAUUUCUUAACCACAAACGUUGCUGUAAACAAAGGAAAAAUGACGGCCUUAUAUUAAGGGCUUGCGCUAAAGUCGACUGCUAGCAUUUCCCCUAUGUUAUUUACUUAAUCUUUGCAGCAGCCUUGUAAAGCAUAUCUGUUUUGCAGAUGAGGAAAUGGAGGCUUGGCAGGAUGAAUUGCCCAAGGUCCAGAGCCAGGGAUGGCAGAACCUGGAUUGAAAGCUGUUUAUCUGAACCAAGCAGCCCAGCUCUUUCUGCCUCUCUACUGCCUCUCAGCAAAGAGCAAUGUGGAAUCCUCGAUCGUGGUCCCCACCGAGGAGUCCAGGGGACUGUGUUUCUGGCCUGGGCUGGGAAGGAAGGGGCCUUGUCUGGGUGGUCCUUUCUUCAUUGGCAACCAGCUGCCUCAUAAUUUCAACGGAGCCUCAUUUUUUCCUAACUGCAGAGCUCUUUCACACUGAAAGUUGUGAAAUAGACUCUCUAUUACCACACAGUUUUAUGUGAGUUUCAGCAGUGACAGCUGUUUCUCCUGGGACCCAGAUCUCCUAAGUCACCUAAAUAACAAUGAUUCUGAGAAACCCACAGGGCAGGGAGCCCAGAAGAGCAAAGGCCACCUGUAAACCAAUGACCCUCAUGGGUAAACCCUGCCCCUUGACUUCAGCAGGGAGACCAUCUCUGGUUCAGUGUAAAUUUGUCCAUCCCUGUGGGCUGCUACUGAGGGAUGAAACCCUCUCUUUCGUAUCUGAGAGAGUGAAUUUGAAGACUGAUACCAGCUUACAUGAAUAUAAGGUUUUAAAUGCAAAUUACAUGCAAAUUUUUUAUUAGCUGAAGCUGUGCUGUCCAUAUAGUCAAAAGUAUUUUGAGGGUUAGUAUUUAGAAUCAGGUCCAUUGUCUUACCUUUAUUUCAACACCUGUGGACUAUACAGGUGGCCAGGGCAAGGACACCCACCCAAAGGGUGUGAAGUUCCCCAGUCUGAGGCUUCACUUUUAAAACUGGUUUAAAUAAAGGGAAGAAAUUGUCCCCUGGGAUAUCUGCCCACUUUGGAGACUUAGCCAGAAAGAGGAGAUUUGAAGGAGUCUGGAGACCAAACUUGUUUGUGUCGGUUUUAACCACCUACAUUGUAUCACCCACUGGGUUUACAUUUCCCAAAGGCAGGAUCCUUAGACACACUGUUUCCUCCACCUUCAUAGUCCCUCCUGGCGCCCCAUUCCAGCCCUCUGCAGUAUGGUCCUGUCCUUUCAGACUCACCUAAAGCAUCACUCCAUGCUGAUUUUUUCCAUACCAAGGGAAGCUCAGGCACUUCCCUGAGGUCCUUCAACACUUUAUUCAUACAGCCUUGAGCACAGUCAUUUCUUGUACUUUCAUUUUAAAUUGACUUCUCUGUCUCCCCAACUACUCUAUAGACCCCCUCACUGUCGUGUCCAGGUCCUGUUCAUCUUCGCACUCUCAGGACUUCUCAUAACUUGGCACAUAUAUUAAAUGCUUAAUAAACAGCAGAAUGAAUGAACAUAAGACUGAAAAUACCAACCUUAUCCAUUCAGAGUAAGAGAUUUAAUUUUUGCUAGUAUUGCAUUCUUCCACUGUGCUAUUUUACUGCUAGUUUUGUCUUCGGGCAUUUUAGUGGAUGUGCCAUUUCCCUAGGUCUGUGGGAAUAUAACUAGAAUUGACUUUAGGUACAUUAGCUUCCUUUGGUAGAGGAUUUGGGGAUGUUCAUUCUGGUCCCAUCAGGAAGGAAGAUAGCUGAGAAAAGGAGGCUAUAGGAUGAGGCAAGUGCCCUGAGGCUCAGAUGCUGAGCCCAACUUUGGGCCUGAGGUCUUACUCCUGAUGAGGACCCCAGCAGGAAGCUUCUGGCAGUGUGUCCCUGUAUUUAAGGAACCCCUGUACUUGAGUGGGGUGUAGAACAGGCAGCUCCACUACCUUAUCUCUCAAGGGGUUUAGGGACCUUCCUUUCUUCCACCUGCACAUUUUUUUAUGGUUGUGGCAAACUUCUUGGCAAAUGAAACUUUUGUUCUUUCUCUGCUUCCCAGAUUUAGUCAUUAAAAAGUUGAUUUCUUCUGAGUUGACACUUGGUCCAUCAGACCAGCACCCAACUUCUGGAGAGGGACCAACAAGAUACACUUGUCUAGCAGGAGGUAAGAGUGGAGAGGGGCGCUAUCUCUAAAAGUCUUCCCAGAGAAAACAUUAUUAUCCUGGCCUCGAUGAGCACAGUUGUAGGAACUGAAUGAAAUAACAGAUAUGCAAAUUCUUUAUAAAUUGAACUGCACUAAUGUAAAAAUAAAAGGAACUUCACUGGGCAAAAAAAGAAAAAAAAAAAAGUCUUCCCAGGGAGCUUUCCAGGGGCCUCUCCAGCACCUUGGUCAGCACUUGUGUGUGACUGGUGGUCAGUGAGUCAGUGAGUCCCGUGGGUACGGAAGGAAACAGAAUUUUCAACAAUUGUGAGCCUUACUUUGUGAGGCACCUGGGGCCAGAAGCUUCCUGCUGGGGUCCUCAUUUUAGCAAUCCCUGGUCAUUCAGCCGUCACAUGAUAACAGGCCAUACCUAGAUGCUGUACAAACCGCAAAGAUGACUGUUGAGAUCUUUCCCAAGUUUUGGUGCAGACUUGGCUGAGGGAAUCAGGCUGAUCUGGCAACUAGCAUGGGUUCACUAACCAUCUCCGUCUUCUCUCUCCAUUUUAGCCCUCUCGCUUUUCCAAAAAAACAAAAAGAGACCCUGCCUUGAAGUUGCUUACAGUCUGUUGGGGUUCACACAGCAUGUUUAUCCAAACUGCGAUACCAGGAGGGUGCUGGACACCAACGAGAGUGGGUUGGUCAAGGGAUGAUAAUAGUGAAGAGUCAGGGUGUGAUCCAGGGUGAUGAAGGAGGAGGGCUUCAGAAUGAGUCUGGGCUUGAGUGAUCUGCCCGUCACUAGUGGCUUAGAUGGGAAGUCCAUCCCACAUAGGUGGGUGCACGGACCACAGGCCUGCAUUGUACAAGCCCAUCAGGGCAUUUAUGGAAUCCCAGAAUAUCCCAUCUGAAAGGGAUAUUGGAGCUUGCCUGGUAGGCUACUCCCUUCAUAGAAGAGCAAAAAGACCCACACAGGACAAAUUGAUCUUAUCAUGGGUUGUGGCUUAAUAAUGAAAUAGAAGCUUUUGUCCCCGGUAGUGGCUGAUAAGUGAUGGCUGGAUGGCAGGCAGAGUGGGGCAUCGAGUGCACAGUGGGUUUGUGCCCUCUGGGUCUAUUGAUACCCGAGCCUUCCCUCUUCUUUCCUGCUGCUGCUCCUGGGCCUCUUGAAAAGGGAGAUGUCCAGGAGGAUGGUGCUAUUGAUUCAACUGACUAAGGAUAACUUACCAGUAACUCCCACCCAUGGGUGCUAGUGUUCAUGGACCUAAAUUUUAAACCCCUUGUAGGUGAAGCCGGGAACAUGGAGGGUAUAUCACUGUUUAUUCAUCAGUUCAGUAAACGUGGAGUGACCUUUCACUUUGUCGCAGGCGCUGUGCUGGGCACUCAGAAUACACUCUAUCAGUGUUUAGCACAGGAUAUAGGUUCAAAGGUGAAUGAUUAUAAUUCAGUGUGGCAAGUGCUGUAAUGGAGGAUUAGAAGGUAAAGAUGAGACAUUGAACUUGGUCUGCAAGGAAUCAGGAAACUAAAGUGAAGGUGACCCUUCAGUUGAGCUUCAAAAGAUAAGCAGCGACUGAUGUUAGCUGCAUGGACAGGCGGUGGUGCUGAGAGUGGGCAUGGGGGUGUGUGGCAGUUGUAGUAGAUUAACUCAUUCAGCAUUUCUUAUAAUCUGCUUUUGAUUCAGCCUUCCUGGACUGCAGAAAUGAAACAGAAACAAUGUUUGUCAGACUUUUUGGUAACUAGGAUUUCAGAGGUACUUGCGGCUCCUGAGAUUGGAACUAGGAACUGAGUUGAAUGGGUGGCAUGCAAGGCUUCUAUAUUUCUGGGCUGGAUCUAACAAACGUGGCCCCAGAGCCAGCAGCUGCUGUGUGCCCUCUCCCCGAUUCUGACCUAGGUGGUGUGACUCCCAGGUUCCAACCUGAGCAGCUGGGAGGGGCAUGGUGCCCAGCUCAGAGAAGAAAGAUGAUGACUUCAGGGAGAGGGAUGUUAAGUUCAGGGCACAUUUGGGUGAGGUCUAGAAGUUUGGGAAUGCAAACUUUUUAUACCUGGUCUUAGCUUAAAAGCUGAGAAGUGACCAACAUUUAAAAAAAAAAAUAUUUAUUUGGUGAAUUUACACGUGAGGUCAUUUACAAAGACAAGAUGCAGAUACAUGCAGUUCUCAGAACAGGCAAUAAUCUUUGAGGAUUUGCAUGAUAGUAUUGAAUGGCAAGGGCUCCCCACUAGUGUUAAAGAACCUGCCUGCUGAUGCUGCCUGGGUUGGGAAGAUCCCCUGGAGGAGGGCAUGGCAGCCCACUCCAGUAUUCUUGCCUGGAGAAUCCCAUGGACAGAGGAGCCUGGCAGGCUACAGUCCAUAGGGUUGUAAAGAGUUGGACACAACUGAGUGACUUAGCGUAUGUGCACACACACACACAUACACACAUGCACACAUAUUGAAUGACAAUGCUUUGAUUUCCUUAGUGAAUUUUUAUACCCAAUAUCAAUGUUAUGUAAAUAUAGCUGUGUCUGUAUGUACAGGUUAUUAUAUAUGGUGUAUAAUUAUGAGCUGAAAUGCAGAGCUCUCAACCUUUCCAUUAACCAAGCCAUCUUAAAUUAUGUUAACUGCCCCAACUAGUUGGUUAGAGGCCCCUCAACUGUUAUAGAGUUUGGGAACUCAAGAGCACAGCAUGGAGUAGAGAUGAAUAUUUGGGAGUCUGGGGUGUGAGGCAGGCACUGGUGUACAUGUGAUGACACAGAGGAUGUGUAGACUUUGCAGAGAAGUCGGCCAGGAGUGGCACCCAUCCCCUUCGAGAAGACGUUUUUAGAAGUAAUCUCAUAGUUACUGAAAAGUGUCCAGAAUAGUACAAGAACAAUCAUGUACCAUUUACCCAGACUCAUCUGUUGUUCACACUGUGUUCCUUUGUGCUCUCUCUCUAUGCAUACAUACAUAUUUUUUUCUGGACCAUUUGAGAGUAAAUUGCAUACAUCAUGGCGCUUUACCUUUUACCAGUGAUUUUUUUCUUAAAAGCAAGGAUAUUCUCUUAAAUGACUACAAUAUAGUUAUAAUCUUCAGUAAAUGUAACACCUAUCUGUACAAUUCUGUAAUCUACCAUCUGCAUUCCAACUUGUCAAGUAGCCCAGUCAUUUCCUUUAUAGUAUUACCCCCCACCCCCAUUACAGGAUUCUGUCUAGGAUCACAUAUUGUGUUUAGUUAUCCUGUCUCUUUAAUCUCCUUUAAUUUGGAAUAAUUCCACACCUUUUCAUUGUCUUUUAUGACAGUAACAUUUUAAGAGAAUACAGCCCUCCCCACUUUUUAAAAUAUAAGAGCCCUCAUUUUGAGUUUGAUGUUUCUUCAUAAUUAGAUUAAGGCUCUGAAUUCCCUGCCAAAAUAUUGUAUCAAUGAUGUGAUUGUCGACUGAAAGAAAAAUGUACAAUGUAAGGGCUAUGAGUUUAAAUUUUAUUCAGGGUUUUACCGAGGCCCACAGUCUGGGAGAUAGCCUCUCAGUAGCUCUGAGGCAGUUUCUUUUAGAGGGAUAGGGGAGCAGUCAGUAUAUUUUUGAUUUUUGGCUGCGGAGUAUGUGCAAACAAGCGUAUGACUUGGUAAAAGGUUAUUGCUAGUCACAAGGAAAAGCUAUCAGUUAGUGAUUUUAGUGCUUUAUCAUGUAUGGGAAGAUGCAAGAAUCUGGGUUCAUGAAGAUUCUUCCUGAGAUAAACAUCUAACUAUCUAAAGCACUGAGCACCUCAUCCUGUUUUCUAUCCUGAAUUCCUCCUGGGGUGCAUUGUUGGUCAGCGACUGCAGUGGCUGAUGACAUAAUCAUUGCAUAACUGGAUGGUAAGCCACAUUCUUUGUUUUCUCUGCUCUUCUCAGGGUAUCACUCCCAGAGGCAAAUUACCAUCUGCUGCUUCUCAUUGGUGAUGUUAAUUCUGAUACUCAGACAAGGUAUCUGAUUUCUUCACUGUAUAGUAAGUAUUUUUGCUUCAGUGCUAAUAAUCUGAGGAGAUACUUUAAAUCCAUGCAGAAAUCCUGCUUUUAUCAAAAUUUCCCCCCCAAAUUAACUGAUGAUAACCCAAUCUUUGCUUUGAUGAUUGAAAAUCAAUCAUUUUUCACCUCUAGCACUAUUACCACAUUUAUCUUUUGGUCCUUGGCAUUUUCUCAGUGACAGCCCUGCCUUCUCCAUCACUUAUUUAACAUUUAUUUAUCUAUUUAUUACUAGACUGAUGGAUUCCUGUUUCUCAUUGGUUUAUAAUUUGCUAUUUUACUUAAUUUUUUGGCUCAAAUUUGGCUCAAAUUCCCCAGAUUGGUAAGAAUCCCUUCAAACUCCCAUGUUCUUGUGACACACUUCCAUCAUUUUUUGGAGUACUUCCUUACUUUCUGUCUUGAAAAUAUGUUUUUGGCUCAUCUUACAGUUUCUGUGCCCCGGUCUUGGAAUCAACUAUUUCUCUGGUGAUCCCUGGUUCUUUUUUGUGAAAACUGGUAUUAGAAACCAAUAUCUGGGAGCUAUGUGAGCUCAUUGCUACUGGGGUGUCUUUGCUUCUAGGUCCUUACAGCAGACAGACUUUGAAAAUAUAAAUUAUUUAUACAUAUAUACAUGCAUGUGUAGCUAUACAUACACACAUACACAGUUUAAACAUUGCAAAUUUGCACCAACAUCUCCGAUUCCAAUCCAUUUCACCUCAGUUUUUUCUUACCAUUCUCUAACUCAUGUGUGUUUCUUCUACAGCAAGAACCCUAGGAUGGAGCCCUUUAGUAUUUUAUUAGUGAUGUCAUUAACACUACAUUAACACUAUGUAAGUGUAAUAUAGGUGUAACAAUAUGUGACGCUACAUAUUUACAUUAACAUCUAAGAAGUAGGCAGAGCAGAAGAGCACACAGACAGCUGAGGGACAACCAGAAAAGCAGGGGAAAACCAGCAGAGGAUAUCAAAGAAUUCAAGGGAGAAAUGAGCUUUAUCAUGGCUAGAGUAUUCAGCUCCAUCAAGUUUAAAUCACUUUACAAGAUUUUUAAAAGCUUAUAAAGGCUUUUCAUGCAUUUUCAGGCUAUGUAAAGCACCAGCUGUUUUCAUUUUGAUGCUCCCUUCCAAUAUCUGUCCAGGAAUACUUUCUUUUAUGCUGUUGCAGUUGUAAGAUUGCAUUAUAAUUUGGUGUUUUGCUUUUUGCUUGAGAUGGUCUUGUAGCACCUGUUCAUUUUCCGUGUGUCCUCCCGCCCUUCACUCUGACCUGUUUUAAUGGCUGUGCUGAUUAAAGAGGGAAGAGGCCACCUUUCUUCUAGCUUCUGUGGCUUCCAGAGCCACUCCCAUCUUUGCCCUUUCAUCUGCUCACUCUCCCACUGCUCUGUAAAAAGAUGGUGACUACACUUACGUAACUUUUGCCAAGAUUAAAACAUUUGGAGUUGCUGAUAUUCAGUCUAUGACAAUGGCUGUUUCAUAUGAUCUUAGCCUAAUAUAUACCAGGCUAAGAUAAAAAAAUAUAUAUAUUUUUUAUAUACACUAUAUAAAAUACAGUAUAUUUAUAAUACAUGUUUUACAUGUAUCAAAAGACCUGAUUUAAGAGUGACUCAGUGCUAUUAAUUUAUCACCAUUAAUCAUACCUUAGGAGGCAUUAUUAUCAUCAUCCUUGUUACAUCUGAGGAAACUGAGGCAAAGAAAGGUUAAAUAACUUGCCCAUAGCUAGCAAAAGCAGGUGCAGUGUUUGGGCCCAGGAAGUCUGGCUUUGGAGCCCAGGUUCUUAAUCAUUACACUAUGAUACCCCUCAAGAAUGGUAUCACCAAGCUGAAAAUAACCAAUUGCAAGCUUAUUAAGGGAGCUGGAGCCAGUCUGCUUGUUAACUGAGUGUGGAUGCCCCAUGUUUCCCCCUUUUCAGAAUUUGUUAUUUAAUGUAUGUGUGCAUUUCCCUGUAGGUGUCAGGGUCAGAGGCUAGAGAGUGGGCUUGCUCUUCACUGCCUUAUGCCAAGUGUCUUGUGCAGUACACAGAAGAGAUGUGUCCUCAAUAUUUAUUGAAGGAAAAGAAGGUAGGAAGGGAGGGAGGGAGGAAGGUGGAAGCUGGGGCAUCAGUUGGAGAUUGGGAAUGUUAGGUGACAUGAAUUGUAGGAUGUGUCUAUCUGACUUGUAUAGAGAGUUGGGCUUCGAGUGGCCACAAACAGGGUAGACUUUUCUACUUCUGGCAUCCAGAGUAAGACAGGCCAGAGGGAUAAGUUCAAACUAGAGAUUCAGUGUCAGACAGUGGCAAACCCCUGGCCAACAAGGCUACUGCCAGAGUUCAGAGGAGGGUGGAGGCGGGGUAGGAGGGAGAGUCAGUGAGGAGAGGCCUCUGGGAACUGUAAAUCCUAUUAACAUAAUAUAAAGUCUGAAAUAGCUAGACCUGCCUGCCUACUAGACUUCAGGCCAUUGUAAGCCCAAGGUAGAUGCUUUCAAUUAACUUAAUGUCUUUGAACUCUCUCCCUAAGUGCUAGGUACGGUAGCAGAAUGCCUGCAGAUAUACAGAUGUCCUUAGGAAAGUGGGUUUUUUGUUUCUAGUAUCCUGGACCCAAGUUCUUUGAAAGAGUAAGAUAUUAGGGGCUGAGAACCACCCCUGGAAGAGAUGCAAGUGAAAUGCUCAUUUUCUCAUUACCUGUCUCUGGGAUUUCUUUGUGACUCAUUGUUUUUAAUCUGUCAAAAAGGGAAGCAGUGAAUUUGCAGAGCUUCUGAAAGUUAUUGUGAUGAUUUUUGUUUGUUCAUUGAUCAAGUCGAACAGUACAUUAAAGUUCUUAGAAAAGUAUAAAGUACUAUAAAAUGUAAUUAUUAUUAAUGUCUGACAUCACAUAUACUAGAUAACAGAAUACAAUGAUAAAUUAACUCUAUGUUGGUAAACUGUUACCUAACUCCCAAUUUGGCUCCCCCAUCCCACUGUCUUCCUAAGAAGGAGAUUCAUACUUUUAAAAGGAUGAGGUGGGGAAAAUGUUAUUUUAUAUAUUUAUUUAUUUAUAUAUAUAUAUAUGUAUAUGUAUGUAUGUAUGUAUUGACUUUCUCCUGCUGCUGUAACAAAUUACCACAAACUUGAUGACUUUGAAACAACACAAAAUAAGCACCUGACAGCUUUGGAGGUCAGAAAUCUGAAAGAGGAUCUCACUGGGCUAAAACCAAGGUGUCAGCAGGGCUGUGUUCCAUUCUGGAGGCUCGAUGGGAGAAUCUGUUUCCUUGGUUUUUCCAGUUUCUAGAGACUGUCUGUGUUCCUUUUUUCAUGGUCCCCUUCUUCCAUCUACAAAGCAAGUGAUGUCAGAUUUGAGUCUUUUCUCCAUAGUCACAUCGUCCUUUCUCUUCCAUUCUAAGGGAUCCUUGUGAUUACAUCCCAGAUAAUCCAGGAUAAUCUUCCUAUUUCAAGGUCAGUUGAUUAGCAACUUUAAUUCCCCUUUGUCAUGUAACGUGUUCUGGAAAUUAAAACAUGAAUAUCUUGGUGUGGGGGGAUAUUAUUCUUCCUAACAUAUUAUAUAUUUUGUAAAUAUUUUAUCUGGAAAGAAUUUUGGCAAAAGCUAAAAAUGAAAAAUCAAAGUUCUUCCUAACUUGUUGGUAAUAAGGGCUUCCAAUAUUACUGGAUAAUUCCUAGCAACAUUCUUUUUCAUGGGAAACCAGCAGCACCUAGUGUCUCUCCAAAUAAAUUUCAACAGAAAAUACAGUGUCCUGUAAUUAAAAAGGUGCAGCUCAGACUAAUGGUAGAAAAAGGAAAUUCUCAGGACUCAUAGCAGUAGAAGGCUGAUUCUGUCUUCCGUGUGUUCUUUAGACUGAACCCUACACCCAUGCAUCCGGAACUAUUUAAAUUAAUUCUGUGGAGCCUGGCACCAUGCUGGAUUCUAUGAUAGAUGCAGAAAGAUAAGAUCCUUAUUCCCAAAUUGCACCCAGUCUUAUUGGGCAGAUAACACACACCUUGUCAGUUAAAAUGUAUGUACCCAUUUACAAAAUUCUGAAGACCUGAUGGCCAAGUGUGCCAUUAAUAACUAGGCCCAGUUGUAUACACAUUAAAACCCCAAAGAACGCUUGGUUUAAAUAACAGGUUUAUUUCUUGCUGUUGUGAAAGAAUUGGUACAGCUAUGGUUUGGCAGUUCAUCAAAAAGUUAAACAUAGAGUUACUAUAUGACCCAGUUGAUUCUACUCCUAGAUUGAUAUAUAUCCAAGAGAAUUAAAAACAUCUUUUUGUAGAAACAUUUGCACACUAAUGUUCAUAAUAGCAUUAUUCAUAAUAGCCAGAAAGUGGAAGCAACCCAAAUGUCCAUCAACUAAUAAAUGGAUAAAAAAGUGAAGUGUAUCCAUACAGUGGAAUAUUUUUUUUUUUUUUUUUUUUGGAAUAUUUCUUAACCAUAAAAGGGAAUGAAGUACUGAUAACAUGCUACACUAUGGUAGAAACUGAAAAACAAUAUGUUAAGUACAGAAGUCAGAUACAAAAGGCCACAUAUUAUAUGAUUCUAUUUAUAUGAAAUGUCCAGAACAGGCAAAUCCAUAGAGACUGAAAGCAGAUUAGUGGUUGCCAGGGUCUGGGGAGUGGGGAGGGAAGAAUGGGGCAGUGACUGCUAACGGGUACCGGGUUUAUUUGGGGGGUGAUAAAAAUAUCCUGAAAUUAGUGGUGAUAGUUGAAUAGCUUUGUGAAUACAUUAAAACCCUAAACCCCCUUGAAUUGUACACUUUAAAUCGGUGAAUUGUUUUGUAUGUGAAUUAUAUCUGUAAAAGUUACUAAAAAAAUAGUAGGUGGGUCAAGGAGGCAAAAAUGGGUAAUGACUAAUUAGAGACCAUGAAGAAGACAUGGGUGAAGUACUUUCUAUUUGUUUUUUGCCCCCUUCCCCCAGUUCCUUCACCAGGACUCAACAUGGCUUCCCCUUUCUUUCGCAUAUUCUACGUCUCCUUCCCCACCACCUCACUACAGUCAGCAGAAUGAUCACCUUGUGAGGCUGACCUGGCCCCAGGGGAGGUGAGAGAU